GUUCGUUGGAGGAUAGGAGCUAGGCUAGGGCUGUUACCAUGCCGUGACCGUGUGGACGUGAUUAUGCCAAAGCGAUCACGCGGAGCAGAGCAGCCUUCCAAAGUUGAAACCGCGGCGUCAUCAUCAUCUCGAUAUUCACCGUUGCUUUGCAGCCAAGCCUCUCCGCGGCGCAAAGCAAGGUAUCCCCAAACAGUAGCAGCUACCGCGAGGUUUGCAUCCAAAGCACGGCGAUCUCAUCCCAGCAACGUACACCGCGCGCCGUGACACGCACAAGCCUUCUCCGCGUACGUCUGCCCGCGCGCGCGCGCAAGCUGGCAAUGGCCGACGACGUCGUCGAAGCCGCGGCGUCGUCCUCUCCCAGUACGCAAGGCGGCGGCGGCGGCGGCAUCCAUGUCGUCGCGAAGAACGCGAUGAACAGCAGCAAGCAGUUCUCCUCGGCCCUCGCGCCCGUGGCCGUGCUGCUCGCCGUCGCCGUCGGGGCCGUCUCCCUGCUGCCAUCGCUGGCGCAGGCGGUGUGGGAGGUGCCCCACCUCUUCCUCCUCGGCCUCGUCGUCUCCUAUGGCGUCUUCGCCCAGAAGAUUUCCACCGGUGGCAGCGGCGGAGGCGGCGGCGGCGGCGGUGGAGAUGAUGGCGCCAGGGCGUGGAACUCUCGGUACCUCAGCGACGACCCCCUCGUCGUGGUCGCCGACAAUGCGGCGAGUGACGACGGCGGCGGCGGCGGCGCGAGCGGGAGGCCGCUUUCCUUGCCGGUGCGGAGGCUGAAGCCGCCGCCACCGGCGCCGACGAUGCCGGGGAUAGAGUCCGAAGCCGGCGAUGCCAGCGACGACGGCAUUGGCGCAGAGACGGACAGCUCCGCAUCGACGGCGGGAUUCUGGGGCGCCGCCCCUUCGCCGCCCUCUGUUCUUGACGCCGUCUGCAGGUCCCGGAAACCCGCUGCUACUGCGACGGCGGCGGCGCCGUCCGCCAUGUCGAAGGGCUUCCCGAGCUACAUUUCUCCGGCGCCUCGUUGCGACCAGUCGUUCAGCGACGACGGCGAGGUCACCGACUGGGACGACGACGACGACGAGAAGGCUGACGUGCAGGACGAGAUGGCCGCGUCGCCGCAAAGGUCGUACGUCGACCAUGACGACUACAACGGUGACGGUGAUGAGCUCUCCGAGCUGGCGGCGGAGGUGGAGGACGAGGUGGACAGGAAGGCCGACGAGUUCAUCGCCAAGUUCAGGGAGCAAAUCAGGUUGCAGAGGUUGUAGGCGUUCAUGGCAACUUGGCAAGUAUGCAUACGUGAUGCAUGCAGUCAUGCACCGUACCGUGGAGUGAGUAAAACCAUUAUGAGCCAUUUUACGUACGAAGGGGGAUCGUGACAUGGGUGUACUUGUGAACAGCUGAUCUGUUCAUCGGUAACGUCAUGUUUCUUGUAUCAUUUUUUCUCUCUUUUUCUAUUUUGAUUUUAUUUUGGUGAUUUUAUGCCGAUAGGAGCCGGAUAAAAGGAGGUGUUAAUGAACGGAAAAUAACGUUCUUCGGAUGCAUCCAUUUCUAGGUAUGUACAUGUACGGCUUU